AUGACCAACAGCUCACCCGACUAUAAGAAACUCUUUAUGGAGGAGAAAGAGAGACGGAGACAGGCAGAAGAGAGACAGAAGCAGGCAGAAGAGAGUCAGAAGCAGGAAGAAGAGAGACGGAAGCAAGAAGAAGAGAGACGGAAGCAGGCAGAAGAGAGACGGAAGCAGGCAGAGGAUGAAGGGAGAUUGAAUCGAGAGCGCAACCCUCGACAGCAAGAGAUUUACACUUCUGUGUGCAACUAUCUACAGCCUGCUGAGGAGGACCAAGCACGGUUGUUUACACCUCUGAAUGCCCUCGAAGAAAAUGCAAAACAAUUCGGCUACCGGUCAACGAGCAGCGAGCAAUCUGUCGAGAACUACGAGCGAAAUGCCGUGGAGAAUUAUGUCCAUAAUAUAAUCCAGGAGUUAUGCAACAUUGAUGGCGCACGAGAGGAGUUUGGACUCGGAGAUGGAAUUCGGUUCGAGAACCAUACAAACUUGCUUGAGGCGGAUGAAGGUGUCGAUGCGAGUGCAAGUCAGCUAUCGCAAAUAGAACGGCCAAAAGCCGAUUCAUUUUUUUUCAUCCACCGGGUCGACGGCAACACUCACACCCUCCUUGCUACAGCCGAAUACAAGCCGCCUCACAAGAUUUCUGUUGAAGCCUUUCGCCUAGGACUACGGGAUAUGAAUUUGUACAAAGAUAUCGUCAGGUCAAACAAAAUCCCGACGGACAAGGAAGCGAAGUCAAGGUACGAUGCAGAGCGACUCGUUUGCUCCGCUAUUGUUCAAGAAUAUCAUGUGAUGAUCCAGGAGGGACUCGAGUACUCCUACGUGACGACUGGAAUUGCCCGCGUUUUUCUUCGUGUCCCUCAUGAUAAUCCUAGCACCCUUUACUAUCACUUUUGUGAUCCCAAUUCAGAAGUGGAACCAGAAUCCGAGAAUGGUUCAUCCAUACGUGAUCACGAAUGGAGACAUCGUGCACGCCAAAAUCUUCGGAUUUGGGACUCCAACUUUAGUCGCACCCAUUCUAAGACCACCAAAGGAUCACAGCCUCUUCCAAACUCCGAUAGCACGUAUCUGGAGUACACGAGUCCAGAAUCUGGUUCGGCUUAUGAACCUUCGUCAUCACCCCCUGUAUCUCCGCCAGAACCGGCAAUAGAGGUGCCUAUAAGGCCUCGAGGAACCUGUGCGCCCCCAAAUGACCGACACCGCACGCAGUCGCCAGACUCGUCAGGCUCCGACUCCAAUCAAGCAAUGGGACGAAAAAGGGGCUUCAGCCAAGUCACAUCUUCCCCGUCUACCCAACGAGUGGAUCGGAAGGAAGCCGCUAGGAGAUAUCAAGAUAGUCAGUCCCGACGCGAUGCACAAUUCUGCACUCAGAGAUGUCUCAUCGGGCUACAGACCGGGGGUAACCUAGAUGAAGGUUGUCCAAACGUAAAGCUUCACCGUCAGGACCCAAAUGACCCUAAACAUCCCAUCACAUCGGAUGAUUUAGUACGUUUACUAAAUGAACAACUGGACGACAACAUCGACCGGUGUAUACCGUUCGGACGUUGCGGGUCAUAUGGCGCACCAUUUAAAUUGACUUGCAUCGUAUAUGGCUAUACAGUCAUCGGGAAAGGAACCACGUCGAACCUAUGGAAACAAGUCUCUAGCGAAGCGCAGGUAUAUCGAAUCCUACGGAGAGCGCAAGGUUCAGCGGUACCGGUUUUCCUCGGUACAAUCGAUUUGGCCAAAAUUUAUUUUCUACACGGGGCUGGAGAGAUUCGACACAUGCUAGUCAUGGGAUGGGGAGGCGAGAACACUGCAGAGAUGGAGAUGGAGCCAUGGCUUAGCCAGGAAAUCCGGAGAUCGACGAAGGAAAUCAAAGCGCUGGGCGUUGCUCAUAAUGAUCUUCGAUAUGACAAUAUUCUUUGGAAUAAGGAGCUUGGACGAGCGUUGAUUAUCGACUUUCACCGCGCUACUUUGCAUACUCGGACACUUAAGCUCUCAAGACCCGAGAAAAGGAAGUUGUCGAGACCAGAGUCGGGAGGUUAUGGAUUCGGCCUUGACAAGUACUACCUAUUUAGAAACUGUGUGAGGCGUGAAGGUGCUGAUGUCAGUUCAUGCAUCUACGCGACUCCUCCUAGCACACAGAACCAAAGUCCGGGCACUCCGAGACCCGAUGAUAUGCAAGAUCGAAUCGGUCGCCUGGAAAAUCUAAUCCUUGCUUUGAUGCGUGGGACUGGCAAUGCCGAGGUCUCAGGUGUAACAACUGCCACCACUGUGGCUCGAACUGAACCGAUCGAGAGCACACCACACUCUGAAUUACUCGGCCAGGACAAGGAAGCGAUGCCACAUGCUCAUGAUGUGGAUUCUAAUGCUGAAAGCAGCUUGACCAGCUCACUGGGCUACCUCGAUAUCAACCUUGACAAGGGAAGGUCAAAGUAUAUCGGCCAGGAACACUGGCAUACGGUGUUGUCGGAAAUUUCAGAGGUCAAGGCCUACUUCGCCAACCAUAAGGAGAUCGAUAACAGCCGCGAAAGGGUCAGUAUGUCUACACCGACAAGCGCCAGAGAAGGGCUCACGUUACUUCUCGGUGUCGUGCCUCCUGCCACCGAUGUCGAACUACGAGCUGAGUUGCCUCCCAUGUCGACUGUCCUCACCAUAUGCUCGCGAUACUUCAAUUCACCGGAUAAUCUUGUCGUCAUUGUCCACCCCCCGACAUUUCACCAGCAACUGCAAUGUCACUGGGAAGAUCCGUCCAAAACACCUAUCAUGUGGCUAGGCUUGCUUUACUCAAUCCUGUGUCUAGGGAUGCUGAGCUAUCACAAGCUCGGGGAUGAACCUAGCCAAUGGGAAGGACAAACUUUAAGGAUGGCGGGCGAGUAUCGAUUACGGACCGUGCAGUGUUUGAUCACAGGUGAUUACACGAAGCCGGUUGAGAACACAGUAGAGACAAUGCUACUCUAUGUCUUUGGGGAGUAUUCGUGGCGAUUUGAUGUCGAUUUGGGGCUCUGGUUGAUCGUCUCAUUGACCACCAAGAUCGCCUUUCACAUGGGCUAUCAUCGUGAUGCUAAGUGGUUCACAUCAUUGACACCUUUCCAGGGCGAAAUGAGACGACGGACGUGGGCUUUGCUGAGAAUGGCCGAUGUGAUGUUUGCUCAUCAGGUUUCAUUACCCCACACAAUUUACAAUCACCAUUGCGAUACACAGGCACCAACGAAUCUUCUCGAUGAAGACUUUGGUCCGGAAAGUCGGACUCUGCCUCCGUCUCGCCCAAACAAUGAACUCACUUCGAUUGCAUACUCGAUUGCUAAGGUGAAAUUAUGCCAAGAAAUGAGCGACAUCCUGGAGACAAUAAACCGCGUUGGUGGUCAGAUUCAGUACGAAGAAAUCCUGCGCUUUGAUACCCGACUUCGUGGGAUCUUCCAGACGUUUCCCCCCGCACUUGCAGGCAGUGCCACUGGAAGGCUGCCACGAUUCAAUUACGGUGGUUAUGAUGAGAAAUACGUGCCUCGCGCGCGGGAAAACCCACAAUACGCGUAUUCGCGCCGAAGCGCUGUCACGGCUGCAUCAGAUACGCUACGAAACCUAAUAGCUCUGCAUCAGAAAUCAAAUGAUACUGAUGGUCCUCGAUCCCUUGAAUGGUUUGUAAAUUCAAUGGCCACGAAGGAAUUUCUAGUAUGCGCCAUGCUUGUGGCGCUAGACCUCCAUUAUGAUUGCAUGGCGGAGGUUAGCAACGAUGAAAAAGUCCGGGAAACUGCGCUUUUCUGGACAAAUGAACAAAGGAUGGAGAUGUUGAGCAACCUCGAAAUGACCAAAGAUCUCUGGAAAGGACUGGCCGACGGUUCAAUUGAAGCACUCCAGGCAUCAAAAGUGCUUGAGAUCAUGCUGGAAAAGAUCAAGAGUCCUGCAUCCACACCGGAAACUGCGGAGGAGACCAGAAGCGCGGAGAAUAGUCACUUAUCGGGCGUCAACACUUGUCCAACCGAACCACCGGAUCAUUCGACUGCAAUGAUGCCAGGUCCACUACCAAUGGGCAUGAUGGCAAGUACAGAAGCAAAUCACGCGGCGCAGACUUCAGGCGCUCUGGACAACAUGUACUUCAGCAGCAAUUUGCCCGGCUCAAACAUGAUACCAAAUCUUACUGAGGCCCACGAGGACCUCAACAUGAUGGGGUCUUCGCUUCAAAUGUUUCCAAAUCUCAUGGCUGAUGACUUUGCCGAGAACUUUGAUUGGAACACCUUUGAAAACUACGCACACGCAAACUGGGGAGGUAGCAACACAUUCUAG